CACACACACAACACACACACACACACACACACACAUUCACACCCACAGGAAAUGACCAAAGAAGAAGAUGAGGGGCGGUCAACAGUGGUUGAGGGUGCUGUUCUUUGGCACGGAUUCGUUUGCGCUGCCCACGCUGCGAACGCUUGUUGAGGACCUGGGCAGCGUGCACACCACGCGCAUCAUCGACCAUGUGCAGGUCGCCUGCCCACCGAGGGGACGGCCAACAACGUUGUCGUCGUCGUCGCCAUCCAAGCGAGACGACUCGCAUGUGGUGCGGGACUUCUGCGAGGCAAACCACAUCUUCGUGCACGACUGCCCUCCUCGCGACAACGACUGGGAAGGCUUUGUUGCCUCGCUGGCGCCGCAGUUUGACGUUGGCGUCGUCGCGUCCUUUGGCCACAUCAUCCCAGACGUCAUGCUCGACCACUUCCGCCUGGGCGCCCUCAACGUCCACCCAUCGCUGCUGCCCAAGUACCGGGGCGCGGCUCCCUUGCACCACACCAUCCUGAACGGCGACAGCACUGCAGGUGUGUCCAUCAUCGAGGUGUCGAAGCGGACGGUCGACGUGGGCCGCGUUCUCCUGCAGGAGUCGUUCUCUGUUGAUCAGCGCUGGUAUCUGGAGGAUCUUCGCGACCACGCAGCAGAGCUGGGCGCACAGAUGAUGCUUCGCGUGCUGGGUGACCUCUCGUCGUAUCAGGACAACGCGCGCCCCCAGCAAGACCUCCCAUAUCCCUCGAGCUAUGCUGGCAAACGCUUCAAGAAGCACACGGUUGUGGACUGGGGCAGCAUGACACGCGCCGCAGUAGUGAACAUGCACCGCUGCUACGCCAACAACCUCGGCCUCCACUCCACCGUUGCCGGCAGACCGGUCACCAUUGCCAAGCUGGCAGACACAGCAGAAGCAGCACCACCUAUCCAUGUCCCAUCACCAUCACCAUCAUCGUCAUCACCAUCAUCAUCAUCAUCAUCAUCAUCAGAGGCAAGCGAGCGUGCAGAUGUUGCAGCUGGCGUUGGGGUGCCGUCACCAGGUGCAAAGCUGCUGCACGUGCGAUGCAAAGAUGGGUUUGUUCCCAUCACACACGUGCAGUUCCCAACACGCCGGCCCAUCACCAUCAAGCAGCUGUACCACCAGCUCGGUGUCCCGCGCACACAGUACCUGCAGUUUGGACCCACGGGCGCGUGACGUGAUGCCAUGGCACGGUGGUUUGUGUUGUAUGUGUGUGCUUGUGUGGUGGCGUGUGUAUGUAUUGUGUUGUGUUGUGCGUGUAAGUGUGUGUGUGUGUGUGUGUGUGUGUGUGUGUGUGUGUGUGUGUGUGUGUGUGUGUGUGUGUGUGUGUGUUGUGUCCCGGUGUGUGCGUAAGGUGUGCUGUGCUGCCAUCUGAAGACUAUGAUGGCAUUGUGGAUGCGGCUUGGACAGCUAUAUUCUGAUUUGAUUUUGUACACAAAGGAAGCAGUGGCAAAGCUCACGCGCACACGUGUAUCGCAUAUGGGACGUCUGUGUGUGUGUGUGCUGUGUGUGUUGUGUGCUGAAGCUAAUUGCCAUACCAGGCGAGGGUAACAGGUACUUGGCGGGGAGGACGUGACAAGCUAAUAAACAAACGACGACAAUUG